CACAGACUUCCUCAGUACGCCAGUUCUCUUCUCUCCUUUAUUUUCGCCACUUAAAGCGAAAUUCCCCAACACGCGUCAUGGACAUGGACUCACCGGACGAAGUAUCGUCGAUUCUCUCCGAGCAGCGUCGCGAACUCAUGGAGGCCCAGUCUGUCGAGACGGACCUCGAACUUGCCUUCCGCCUUCAGCUUCAAGAGGCCAUCUCUGCUUCGCUCUCUCACCUACCUUCCUCCUCUUCAUCGCCAUCUCUAAACGACGCUGUUUCUGCUGCCUCCCUAGUCGACGAUGAAAUUGUUCCCACGUUCGCUUCUCUCCAAUCGGACGAACUUUCUAGGUGCGAGCAAGAAGUCGCCGAUCGCAAGAAAAGCGCAUUGCUUAUGCGCCAAGUGCGGGAGGAUCUGGAUCGUCGUAUCCACGACCAGAAUGUCGCCCGCGAGAUUCUCAGAAUCCCCGAGGACAAGUGGGAAGAAUGGGGUGAUAAUUUUGAGAAACCCUUCGGCGAAGGGUGUUCGAAGAAUACAGAUAGUGGAGAUGUUUUCAGGCUUUAUUUCAAGGGCUUAAUGGACGAAGAGAGGGUGAAAGACAGAAAGGUCGUGUUGGCAGGGAUUGGUGUGGCGAUAUGUGAUUCCAGGGACAAUUUGAUAUUCGAGGUUAGGAAGCCCGUUGUGUGCAAUGGAUUGAACAAGUGUGCUGUAGCAGCCAAGGCUUUGAUCGAAGGGCUUAAUGCUGCAUACGCGUUGGAGCUCAAGAAAAUCACUUUCUAUUGCGAUUACUACCCUCUUUAUCAGUUCAUUAGUGGGAGAUGGCCACCAAAACAGCGCAAGAUUGCAAUGCUAGUCAAUCAGGUGUCCCUUCUUCAGAGAAAGUUUGAAUGUUGUAACCCUGCACUUGUGGCACGUAAUGAUAUUAAGUAUGCAUUUAAACUUGCAAGAGAUGCGAUAGUUUCGCAGACCUCUAUGCCUACAGAAUCUAUCCAUGACAAACAACUUAAAGAGAACUGUGUUAUCUGUUUAGAAGAUACUGAAACCGAGCAUAUGUUUUCAGUUGAUGAAUGCCUGCACCGUUACUGUUUCUCUUGCAUGAAACAGCAUGUGGAAGUGAAGUUGCUCCAUGGUAUGGUGCCGAAAUGCCCCCACGAAGGCUGUAAAUCAGAACUCAAAGUUGAAAGCUGCAAAAAAUUUUUGACACCUAAGUUGAUUGAGACCAUGAUCCAACGCAUAACAGAAGCAUCAAUUCCUGUUGCAGAGAAAAUUUAUUGCCCAUAUCCUAGGUGCUCUGCAUUAAUGUCUAAAAGUGAGGUUGCAGAGUAUGCUAGAGAUUUAUUUGUUGGUACAGAAAGAAGUGGAGUCAGGAAGUGCACUAAAUGUCAUGGCCUUUUCUGCAUCAAUUGUAAGGUUCCUUGGCAUAGCAACAUGACAUGCCAUUAUUUCAAAACUUUGAAUCCUAAUCCCCCUGCUGAAGAUGUCAAGCUGAAGUCUCUUGCAAGAAGCCAUUUGUGGCGUCAAUGUGUCAAGUGCAACCACAUGAUUGAACUCUCUGAAGGUUGCUACCACAUGACCUGCAGAUGUGGGUAUGAGUUCUGUUACAAUUGCGGAGCAGAGUGGAAGGAUAAAAAAGCAACAUGUUCUUGCCCUCUUUGGGAUGAGGACAACAUAUGGGAUGAUAAUGAUAGAGACGUUGAUGAAGAGGAGGAGGAGGUGGAGGAGGAGUACUAUGACUCUGAUGAGGAGGAGGAUUGGUAUUGGUGAACAGAUAGAAACUAUGUAAAGCCCCCUUCACAUCCUCCUGCAUAUUGUUUUUUUAAUGAGCAGGGCCCCCUUCAAGGAUAGUAUUGAAUCCCUAUGUCUUGACAAUUUUUGUUAUCUGAUUCUAAUGUCUUGAUAAUUUGUGUCCCUAAUGUUGGUGAAUAUUCCAACUGUGACCUCUUGAAAUCAAGGACACCUUUCAUUCUCCAUUAGUAUUUUGCUUCGUUUCCUA